AUACCCGAUCCGGCGAAAGAGGAGGCCAAGCGCAAGAAAAAAGAGCAGAAGGAGGCUAAGGAGGGGAAGAAAGACAAGGACAGUGAUAAAGAGGAUGAAGACGCAGGCCCUCCAUGUGGUCCCAUCUGCACCAAUGAGAAGGUGGAGAGCCUCCUGCCGAAGGUCAAAACUGAGAUCCAGACACUGAAGGAGAAGCUCAACACGGUGUCAAUGUGGGUGCAACUCCAGAUUCCUAAAAUUGAGGAUGGGAACAAUUUCGGAGUGGCUGUCCAGGAGAAAGUGUUUGAGCUGCUGACCAACACACGCACCAAGAUCGAAGGAUUCCAGACUCAGAUUUCAAAGUAAGAGCCUGCACUGACGUAGCCAGUGUACAGCACAGGAAAACAGACCUGACAUUACUCCAUCAAAAGUAUUUGGCAGAGAAAACCACAAAACCUGCUGCGCUCAGUAUCAUAAGAAUAUCCACAAUUACUGAGAAAUCUAUACAGAUAAACAGCAAUUCAGGCUUUCAGAGGGUCUCGUCCAUCUUUAUUUAGUGAAGUCAAACAGAAAAAAAGUCAUAUAGAUAUAAGCAGAAUCAGAAAGGCUUCAAUUCCACAUUUAAAAGUGAGAAAAUCUUAACAGAGAUAAUGAGAGGCAGUCUUCUGCUUUGUCUUUUUAUUAAAAACCAGACUGAUGUGUUGAAUAUGGCAUUGGAUGUGACAUUUAGCGAAACGCUGGGGGCUAUUUUAAAACAGGUGGGUGGUACUGUA